AGUACUAAUUACGCUAAAUUGAUUUUGAAAGUAUUUAAUGGAAUUUCUUCCAUUUAAAUUUUCCACAUGUUUUGAUACAAAUGGCGUAGCCUCACAAUUUGAAGGUUUUGAGGAGCAACAGAACAAUGGCUGCUACAACAUUUGUUUGUUCCAUUACUCUGAGUUUGUUGGCGUUGGCACUAAUUAACCAUCCUCCUCUCGCAUUUGCUCAGCCCAGAUUCUCCAACUAUAUUUGCGUCGACGAUACCAAAAACAACCACACAACCGACGCCGCUGCCUACAAAGCCAAUCUGAACCACCUCCUCACCACCUUCACCACCGACCAUCGUAUCGACUAUGGCUUCUACAACUUCUCUUACGGCGCCGCUGAAAACAAAGCAAACGUCAUCGGGCUCUGCAGAGGGGACGUUUCGCCUGAGACUUGCCGGAAAUGCCUCAACGACUCCAGAGAUCUUCUCCCUGUGCGAUGUCCGACCCAAAAGGAAGCCAUUGGAUGGUACCAAAAUUGCAUGCUCCGUUACUCCGACCGCCCCAUCCUCGGCUCCAUGGAACUUUCACCCUCUAUUCCUGUGGGGUAUCCGUUCAAUGCGUCGUAUCCAGAACGUUUCACCCAGGUCGCUAGUAGUCUGAUUGCAAGUCUCAUACCCAAGGCCUCCACCGGCAAUUCCCGUGUGAAAUUUUCUACAGGGAACACAUCUCUUCCAGAUUUGCCCACAAUUUAUGGUUUUGCCCAGUGCACCCCGGAUUUGUCCCAAAGGCAGUGCAACGAGUGCUUGACUGAGGCUCUGCCAAUGAUCCAAGACUGCUGUGUCGGAAACCUUUGGGGCAGAGUUGUUACACCCAGUUGUCUUUUUCGAUAUUCAAAUUUCCCUAUCAUUCAAUCGCAGCCGUUGCAACCGCCGUCACCUUCCCCUGUUCCUCCUCUGCUUAACGGAACUACCCACCACGGAAAUAAAAGAGAACUCUCUGGAACUUUCAUAGCUGUGAUUGUGCCAGUGGUUGUUGUUGUAGUUUUACUACUGACGAUCGCCGUGUACUUAGGUGUGAGAAAAAGUAGCUCAAAGAUCGAUGAAGAAGAAUAUCGAACCGAGGAAGAUAUGACGACCAUGGGGUUCGUACAGUUCAAUUUCGACAUCAUUCGAAAGCUAACAGAUGAAUUUUCAGAUGAAAAUAAAGUUGGGGAAGGUAGAUUUGGAGCAGUUUACAAGGGGAAGCUUCCAAACGGACGAAUCGUAGCGGUGAAAAGGCUUUCUCAAGCUUCAGGACAGGGAGAUGUUGAGUUUAAGAACGAACUGGUUUUGGUUUCUAAGCUUCACCAUCGGAAUUUAGUUAAGCUUUUGGGCUUCUGCUUCAAAGAAAAUGAAAAGCUUCUCGUUUAUGAGUUUUUGCACAAUGGAAGCCUUCAUAAUUUCAUUUUCGAUCCACUCAAGCGUCAAAGUUUAGAUUGGACAACACGCUACAAAAUCAUAAGAGGCAUUACUCGAGGACUUACUUAUCUUCAUGAAGAUUCUCGAAUCAAAAUUAUUCAUCGAAACUUAAAAGCCAGUAACAUUUUAUUAGAUAUAGAAAUGAAUGCUAAAAUUACAGAUUUUGGUGUUGCAAAGCUAUUCGCAUCCGAACAAACACAUGGUGAUACAAAUACAAUAAUAGGCACAUCUGGGUAUAUGGCUCCCGAAUACGUAAGGCAUGGACAUCUUUCAUCGAAGUCGGACGUCUUUAGUUUUGGUGUUUUAGUUUUAGAGAUUGUGACUGGACAAAGAAAUAAUCGAACUUACAACAACGUUGAAAACAUAGAAGACCCUCUUAUAAGCUAUGCAUGGAGAAAUUGGAGGGAGGGAACUCCGUUGAAUAUUGUAGAUCCUUCUAUUGAGAUACAAAAGGAAGAAGAAAGUGAAGUGACAAGAUGCAUUCAUAUCGGGUUACUAUGCAUUCAAGAAAAGGUUGAUGAAAGGCCAAAAAUGGCAACUGCACUUCUCAUGAUCAACGGUGAUUUAACUGAUUUUCCUAAACCUUCCCAGCCAUCUUUCUUUAUGAAUGCAAGUACCAAACAAAAUAGCUCUUAGCCAAAGAUUAUCCACAUAUCAGUGGUAGAAAUUGAAUAAGCUUGAAGGUUAAAUUUUUUGUUUAGAAACUUUUAUUUUCAUUAAUGCAUGUUGAAAGGUGAUCUCUGUAUAUAUAAUACCAUCAUACUAUGGUCUGCAAGAUAUAUGUAGAGCAAAUAGUUGGUGAGUGAUGUUGUACUAAAGUGAAAAAAAGAGUGGUGGCAUCCCAAAUUUUUCAAUGUGAUUUAUUUUCUUUUAGGUUUUCAAUGCCUCAUGAGAUGAGCACCUCACCACUUUCAAAUCACUCUUUUUCUUUUCCAUUCAUUACUGAAAUUUCAGCGUGGGAUUUUGGUGAAUUUUUUUUUUAUAAUAAAGGGGAAUAUUUAGUUUUAAA